AUGGUAAACAUAAUUAAAGCGAAUCAACGGGAGAAGGAAAUAGAUGUUGCACGAUGCAAGGGGAAUUGGGGUGCGAUUCCUGAAUUAGCGAGAAAAUAUCGAAAGCAUAAACAGACUGUAUUAGGGGAAUUAGCUUUAGUACAAGCGAUUGAAAAAGCUAAAGAUGACAAGGAGAUUUAUGAUAAUGAUUCACCCAAUAAUAUUUCGAUGCCUCCAACCAUUGAUGAUUCUUUAGUCAGUGACGUAUUCGUUAAAUUGGAGUCGGCGCUUUCACAUUCAGGACAAGAGAAAGAGUACACUUCUAUUGUACUAGCACGUACUUAUUUCUCUGUGGGAAGAUUUGACAAAUGUAUCCAGACUUUGAGUACCGACUUUGUUCCACCUCAAAUACCUGGAGGCUAUAAUUUCGUACUUAUCAUUCAAGGCCUAGCUAUAAAAGGGUUCCUGGUUGCUGCCAAAUUUAACCCUAUUGGUAUCCUAUUACCUACGGAUUUUGGUGCAAAAGGAGGAAUGGCACAAGAAACAUUUGAUGAAAAUGAUAGUGCAAUCUCUUGUUAUGAUCAAGCUUGCUCUUUACUGGCACAAUAUUCUGGUGAAAGACAUGAACAAUUGUCAAAUUGGACGGAAGAAGUUCUAUAUCGGGCAUCAUUACUGAAAGUAAGAUUGGGAGAUGUUAACGGAGCACUUCAAGCCUUUAGAACAUAUCAACAAUAUUCCACUUCAUGGGGUGAAAAAUUCAGACCUAAUAAACGUGCUGUCAUAUUUAUGAACUUUAUAAAAUUUCUUUCGAAAACGUACCAAGAAAAAGCUUAUGUUCCACCAAGUGCGUCUGCCGAAUUUAUACUAAACGAACAAUCCGCUAUAUAUACACCACAUACGUUUCGCGUCGAAUUAACUGGACUGCAUACACUAUAUGAGAAUGUAUUAUAUCAAAUAACGUCAUUUCCCAGGGCUGGUGAAUCAAAUUGGAGAGUUCUGGAGAUGGUUGAUCAAAUAAUGUCUGAUUGGGUUGUGUUAAAUGGUGGAACAACUGCUGAAAUGCGGGGAUUGGUUGAGAUGCUUUAUCGCGCUGCUCAAAGGACCUUCCAAUCUCCAAAAAUCCUACGUUAUCUAACAUUUGUUUUGAACACGGUUGGUGAUUAUGAUGAAGCCGAGUUAGCUUUAGAAGCCUACACCGCCUUGGUUGAGAAAAUUAGGGAAACAAAAACAGCUGAAUUUUUUAAAAGGAUUCCUUCUGCAGAAAGCACACAUGAGGAUACAUUUUCUGAUAAUGAAAGCAUCGAGCAUGUCGUGAAAGUAUUUAUUAAUGGUUCAGAGAUGAUGGCAAAACAUUUAUGCAAGUCAGAUGAAACUUUGGCAUAUGCACAAAAGGCCGUGGCCUGGUGUGAAAUUGACGAUGAUUUUGCGGAUAAUAAAUUGUUAGCUCAUGCUUGGCGCUGUGUUGGUGUUGGCUACAGUUUAACUGCACGUGAAGUAAUUGAUCCGGAUAAUCGUCCUGGUCUUCACUCCAAAGCAAUCGAAGCCCUUGAUAAGUCGAUAUCGUUUGAUCCGGAUGCUUUUGAAACGCAUUAUCUUUUGGCCUUAGAAUAUGCAAUUACAAGAGACAUUAAUAAAGCAACUGCUUGCGCACGACAAGCUAUAGUACUAGAAAAUGAGAGCAUCCCUUGCUGGCAUUUACUUGCUCUUCUCAUGUCCUCUCAAAAAGAAAUUCAAGGCGCAUUGAAAGCAUGUGAAAUGUUUUUAAAUGAAACGGAUUUAGAAAAUACGGAUUCGUCUAUUGAGGAUGGUGAAGAAUUUUUAUCUUUUAAAUUAACACAAAACGCCUUGCAGGAGUUAGCAAACGGUCCUGAAACCGCGAUACAGAAUCAUGAAAAGCUUUUCAUUUUAUAUGCAAAAAUGUUUCCUGAAUAUACUGUAAUAUCUCCAAGUGACCUCACAUAUGAUUCGUCUAGUUCACGGAGGCAUGAUGAUACUCAAACACAAACUAUACAAUCACCAAAACCUGCAACUAGUUUACGAAGCUUUCAAAGCAUCAUUGAAAAGAAAGAUGGUGAUGAAAGCACUGACGGAUCCAUUUCAAGCAUUGGAUUAGGAAACAAAGAUACACUCGAGGUUCCCAAAGCAAAUUAUGCAUCAUCGAUUGCGUCUUCCAGGAACUCAGCAUCAUCUCGUCGUAGUACAACACCCACCAUUUCUGGUAUUCCAUCUGCUAAAUCGGUGACAUCAUUUACCAUACCUUCACAACCAGUACUGAAAAUGCGGCAAAGAAAACAACGAGCUACUAAAAGUUUAGUAGAUUUAUGGCUUUCUUCUGCAGCGACCUUUCGUCGUCUUGGCAAUUUAGAAGAAGCACAGAAAGCCAUAGAAAAUGCUGAAGAGACUGAUAAUUCUAAUCCGGAUGUAUGGUGUCAGUUUGGUUAUUUGCUUUCUAUUCAAAAGCAAUAUGCUGAUGCGAUUACAUCAUUUCAUAAAGCUCUUGCAAUUGAUGGAAGUCAUGUUCCAGCUCUUAUUCAUUUAGCCAGAACUUAUAUUGAAACAGAUAAUAUCGAUAUUGCGGAGGGCCUUCUCGAGAAUGUCACUAAGGGCAAUGGUUGGGACUGUGCAGAGGCUUGGUUAUAUUUAGGUAAAAUAUGCCAAAAUACCAAUAGAGUUAAUAGAGCUAAAGAAUAUUUAUGGUAUGCUUUAGAUCUAGAAGAAUCAAAUCCUGUGAGGCCGUUUAGUAUAUUACCUGCAUAUAUCACAGCUCUAAGUAAAAAACUUAUUGGCCUCGCACACAGAGUUACCCAAAAACCAUUAAAAUCGAUUCUUCAAGAAGCAAAUGAAAAAAAAGAAGAAAUAAUUCAACUGUUCAAAGAAAUUUCCCUUGAAUUAGAGGGUAUUAAUUAUUAUAGGUAUCAUAAGAAUAUUUCUCCCUCAAUUCAAGAAUAUAUUGAGGCUAUUUCAUUUUUAGAAUAUUUGCAAAAUGAUCGAUUGAUUACAAAAGAUCAAGUUGAAAAUGAUUUCAUGGAUGAAACUGAUUAUGUAAUGGGUCUGGCUGAUCUAACUGGUGAAUUAAUGAGAUAUGCAAUUAAUAGUGUUGGAAAAGGAGAUCAUGAUCGAGCGAUUAAAGUUUGUCAUUUCCUACGCGAUAUGAAAAUUGAUUUUGAAAUUCUUAGAAUUCAUCCAAGAUCUCCUUUGGGUCGAAAAAUGGAUACAAUUCGUCAAAGUUUAUCAAAAGUUGAAGAUGCUUGUUAUGCACUAACGAUUAGAGGCUCAGAAUAUCCUAAGGAAUUUUAUCAACACAUUGUUAGUGAACAUGCGAAGGGUUAUGAACAUAUUGAAGAUGAGGAGUAA